AUGCUCUAUCUAGUUGGAUUCGGAUUGCAUUCGUACAAGGAUAUAACUCUCAGAGGAUUGGAGGCUGCCAAGAGCAGCACAAGAGUGUAUCUGGAGAACUACACAUCAAUCCAUGGAGAACCGUUGGAUGAGUUUGAAGAGCUUAUAGGGAAGAAGGUAUUCCUGGCAGACAGAGAGAUGAUGGAGCAAACCGACAAAAUAGUUGAUGAGUCCCUUGAAGAGGAUGUCACCUUGCUUGUAGUGGGAUCACCAUUGUUCGCAACAACUCACACAGACAUAAUCAUAAGGGCGAAGGAAAAGGGAAUAAGAGUCGAAGUUAUUCACAAUGCCUCCAUAAUAAACGUGUUGGGGUGCUGUGGGCUUUAUUCCUAUACCUUUGGAAAGGUGGUGUCCAUCCCGUACUUUGCAGGAAAAUGGAGGCCGACAAGCUUCUACGACAAUAUAGUAAAGAACUAUCAGAACAAUCUUCACACACUAUGUCUUCUGGACAUUAAAGCUGACGAGCAUAGGUUCAUGAGCGUUAAUGAGGCAAUUGACCAGAUCUUAGAAGCAGCCACCCUCACCGGCUCCUCGCUUAUCAACGAAGACACAAGAAUAUUUGCAAUCUGCAGGUUCGGAUCUCCUACAGAAGAAGUUGCUUAUGAAAGAAUCGCCGACUUAAAACUGAGGUCUUUUGGAGACCCACUUCACUCCCUGAUCAUUCCUGCCAAGUUGGACAGAGUCGAGGAAGAACUGGUUGGUUCUCUGUUUGAAUAA